AUUAUGAAGAAGCUUUCAAAUCCCAAGGUUAGUUAGCCAUAGCAGUGGAAUAGUUCAGAGGGAGCACAUAAGAAAGUGGUUACUAUAGCAAAUUUAAAGUAAAACCAAGAACAGUUUACUUGGCCAAAUAUGCCAGUGAUCAAUAUUGAGGACCUGACAGAGAAGGACAAAUUGAAAAUGGAAGUUGACCAGCUCAAGAAAGAGGUGACCCUGGAGCGAAUGCUGGUAUCCAAAUGUUGUGAAGAAGUGAGGGAUUAUGUUGAAGAAAGGUCUGGUGAGGAUCCACUGAUAAAGGGUAUCCCGGAGGACAAAAAUCCCUUCAAGGAACUCAAAGGGGGCUGUGUGAUUUCAUAAAGAAAAGAAACAAUAUCUCUGGAAUAUCUAGAAUUUUAAUAACAGUAUACAUUUCUUCUCAUGUAUAAUUAAAAAUGUACAUAAAUGUUGAAAUUUGCAAAUGUAAACUUUUAAUAAAAACUGAGCUAUAAUUACAUGUAAA